AUGACAAUUAGCUCAAAGUCCGGCUUUUGUGGAACUACUCCAGAGCACUGUGGUGACGGUUGUCUUUCGACCUGUGACUAUAAACUCGGAUGUGACGCGAAGAACCCUUGCGAGGAAGGCUGCUGUAAUAAUUUCGGCUUCUGUGGACAUGGCCCAGACUUUUGUGGCAAGGAAGUCUGUGUAUCUGGCUGCGAGCGCAAAUCAGAAUGUGACCCUGGCUUUGGAGGUCAAUGGGCAAAGAGUAAAUCGUGCCCACUCAAUGUCUGCUGUUCAGAUUUCUGUGGCAACAAGACUGUGAAGCACGAGACUUGCUCCAAAUAUCGAUACAUGUCCAGGGUCGUCGGUUAUUACGAAGGAUGGUCUACCCGGCGUCCCUGCCAUGACUUCUGGCCCGAACAGAUUCCUUUCGGCGUCUACAGCCACAUCAACUUCGCAUUCGCCACCAUUGAUCCAAAGACAUUCAAGGUGGGGCCGUCUGACGACCGGGAUGUACAAUUAUAUCGCCGGUUGACUUCCCUGAAAACCUACGACAAAGACCUCAAAACGUUCAACGACCCUGGUCCAACUGCCACAGUGUUUUCGGAGCUCGCAGCAUCAGAAGAGAAACAAGACAAGUUCAUUGCUUCGUUGAUUUCGUUCAUGUCCACCCAUGAUUUCGACGGUAUAGAUCUCGACUGGGAAUAUCCCGAGGCCGAUGACCGCAACGGAAAGCCAGAGGACUUCAAAAAUUUCCCCAAGUUCAUGGCCAGACUGAAAACCGAGUUGAACAAAACACCUGGGCGAAGUGAGCUUUCGAUCACGCUACCAGCAUCAUAUUGGUAUCUCCAGCACUUUGACCUCAAAGGCCUGGCUAAGCACGUUUCAUUUUUCAACAUCAUGUCCUACGAUAUGCAUGGCACCUGGGAUCAAGGCAACAGAUGGACAGGUGCUUUCUUGAACCCUCACACCAACUUGACGGAAAUCAAAUCCGCUCUGGAACUGCUUUGGCGGAACGACGUGGAAGGAGAUCAGGUUGUCAUGGGGCUCGCAUUUUAUGGACGAUCUUACACGACCCAAGGGUGUGUGGAGCCUGGAUGUGUGUAUGCCUCCGGGGGUCUUCCAGGUCCAUGCAGCAAAGAGGCAGGAAUUCUUCUCAACAACGAGAUCAUGGAUAUCAUCGACGAAAAAAAGUUGAGGCCAAAGCUAUACAAAGAGGCCGCAGUCAAAGUUGUCACUUGGGAUGAUCAGUGGGUUUCCAUGGAUGAUCGAGAGACCCUAGCCAUGAAAGCCCAAUUUGCCCGUGAACAGUGUCUCAGCGGAGUUAUGGUGUGGGCGAUCAGCCAUGACACGCCCGCGGCAAACUUCUCGCGAGACCUGGCAACGAUCACUAACCGCCAAGUCUCAAUGCAGAGAGACCAGGUUAACUCCGACAUCAUCAUAGAGAAGACGAACCACAACCAGUGUCGAUGGUCCAACUGUGGAAGGCCCUGUCCUGCAGGAUGGAAAAUGCCCCAAAGAAUCGACGAGUGGAAGACUGGAAGCCCAGAAUAUAUGAUGGAUGACACGCACUGUAACGGCUUGGGCGUACGCUCAUGGUGUUGUCCUCCUGAUGCCAAGUUGCCAAAGUGUGGCUGGUAUAGCUUCAACAAGGGUUACUGUCAGUCUGGGUGUCCGAGUGGGAUGAUUGAGAUUGGUUCGACAACAAAUGGAUGCAAAGAGAUUCACCCUCCAGAAUACCAGUCAGCAUGUUGCACAGUGGAAGACGAUUCCAAAAAAGAGCUGAGCAGCAUGGCGCUUUACAACACCUGCGAAUGGGGCAAGUUCCCUGAGUGCGGUGAUGGCAAGUGCUCCGGGUCAAAGAGCUCCCUUCUCGGUGAAUCUGGUCAAGGUAGCGGUGACUCAAACUGCUACCCCGGAGACGUUUGGGGGAAGCACUGGCCAAGACACUAUCACUCACUACGCAAGUAUUGUUGCAAUACGGAGUCGAAAAGCAAGCGAUUCGAGAACUGCAAAUGGCGCAACAACGUGGGCUUCGCCUUGGACGGUCAAAGGUGCGUAUCUGGAUGUGAUGAAAAUCAGGUACGUGUGGCGAUGGAUGGUUACAACGAAGGAUGUUACCACUCCGGUGCUCGGGCAUACUGUUGCGAUGCCGUCAGCUACACCGAGACCUCACGUACAUCCGAUGAAUUGCAAGAGUUUUCGGAUGGACUCAUUGACUGGACAACCAACUACGUGUGUGCGGAGAGCUACCCUGAGACACCUCGGACAUCUGAAGCCAAUUCCCUGAGUGUCCGCGAGGAUAAAUGCGAGGUUAUCGCAACUCGUUUCCUGGUCGUUCACUUGGUUGCAAUCUUCUCGGGUUACCAACUGGGUCAGGACGAUCACUGGCAUCGUCUGGUCAACACUUGGGACAAUAUUGCAGGGCAUCUUUUCGAGAACCUGAACACCGCCACGAUGCUUCCUAGCCUUUUCUCGGGUAAGACUGUGCCAGAGUUCCUACGAGAUGGUUAUGAGAAGACCGCGACAUCCAUCUACCUCAACCCAUCAGAAUACAAUCAGCUGUUCGGUAGAAAGCCCAGCGUGAUUACAUGCCACCAGGACCUGUGCAACUAUGGAGAUGAAUCGUGUGGCUCGACACUUGCCCGACGGGAGUCCACAUGGAAACAAGAGCGAGAUGUGCUUCACCACCUACAAAAAAGGGCCAAUAGCAAGGUGUCUUUUUUCGAUUGCGUGGAUAAAGAUGGCAUCGACAGGGUGAUACAAUGGACGAGAUUUGCUUAUCCAGGGUCAAAGGACUGGUUGGAAUUGAAGACUAAAGAUGCAAAGAAGGACCCCAGAAAGAAAAAGACGAUCGAUCAAACUGUGGAUCUUGACACUUCCGAUGAUUGUGGAAAUACUGCAGUGCGUCAACGAACAGCGACAACGCAGGAGCUUAACCCCGAAAAGCCCGAUGGAGGCAAGGCCCCAGAACCUGAGGUCAACACGGAUCACCCGUUAGAGGUGAAAUUGAUUCGCAGGUUCAUGGAAUGGGCCAUCCUAAACUGCGCAAGUGUUGAUUGUAACUUCCUCCACAACUUCUUCAUCAAAGAUAUCAUUCCGAAAACUGCACCAAAAACCCCGGGUAGCAACCAGGUACUUCAAAAGCCCAUUGAUCGGAUUAUGGAGCAAAUUGGAAGCAAGAGCAACUUCGAUGUGUUCCGGCUGAUGGCAAAAAGUUUGAACAAAUUGAAAGGCGAUCUCUGGGAUUUCGAUAACCCCAAGCAUGUGAUGUUUGCUCAAGACGCUUGGCUCGAUAUGGUCGCAAAGAAAGAUCCAAGCCAGGCUUUGACCAUGCUACGAAAUGUUAUUGCCGUCUACAAUUAUCAGAAUUCUGACGAUGUCUUCAAAAGAAUCAUCACCGUCUACCAGGCUAUACGUGAGGAGUUGACACGCACUUCUCUGGCGCACUUCCAGCUAGGGCAUGACUUCGUCGACUUGGUGAGUUGCUGGGAUCGCUUCUUUGAGAUCCAGCAGAACGAAAUGGUCAAAUUCGGAAAAGACUUU